ACGACCGGCGCGGCGGCCGCUCAGCUGCAGCGGAACUGUGUGUGUGUGUGUGUGUGUGUUUCAGACUAGGCCAAACCAAUACCUUCAAUCUUGAGGGGGGAUACGAGCGGCCCCUCCUAACUUGGACUGAUCCUCGUUUUUCCUGACAUCCGAUUGGCUCAAACUUAAGGCGCCGAAAAAAGGAGUUUGGAGAUUUGUAUGAAUGCAAGUUGCAACAGAGACGGACAUUUAAAAAUGCUGAAAAGAAGGAAGGAAAGAAGAGAAAGAAAUGGGUGGGGCCGACAAAAAUAAGAAUGAAAAAGAAAAAAACGUUGGCACGAGAGGCAGCUAAUAAAUGCGCCAAAUUAACAGACCUUUUCCGGGAAAAGGGUGCUGUGGCAGAAGGUAACGUUACAGAUGAGGAAGGAGGACCCAGCAGCAGGACAGCUGUUAAGGUCAGUGAUGGAGAGGGACAGGUUGAGGAUGACCCCUGCAGUCAUAUUGAUGAUGAGGGAGAGAAGGAGGAGGAGCAGGAGGAAGGAGAGCAGCAAGAGAAAGAAGAGCAGGAGGAGAAGAAUGGAACCAGUAUAAAAACAGUGACAGGUAGAGGGGCAGUGUGCAGGGCUGGGUAGGCAAUCAUAUUAGGAAAAUAAAUCAAUCAGAUAUUUACAUAUAGGUUAAAAUGCCAAUAAUUCCACAUACUAGAUAAUAACCUGACUGAAGCACAGAUUGAAUUAGAAAAUGUUUUA